UUUAACUGGCUGGCUGCGCAGAAGGACGAAUACUGACUGAGCAAUCACGUUGUCGUGGCACACGUUAGCAUAUGGAUAACGUCGCCUCUGUGGCGUGCUGGAUGCGACCUGAGCCUCAUAAGCCUGAAGAAUCAGAAUGUUGUGGUAGUGGGUGUGUUCCUUGUGUAUUCGACGUUUACGAGCAAGAGAUGAGCAAAUGGAGAGAGGAGGUGGUUGGUGGUGGACGACAUGUACUAGCUAGUUGUACCAGAAGCUGUCUCUCUCCUCUGGAGUUUCGUCAUUGUGAGCUAGUGAAAAUCAAACAAGAAAGUCAUGACACGUGGAGAUACGCAUUUAGAAUACCUCAUGACGGAAGUUUGAAUCUAAAAAUGGGACAACAUAUUGUGCUCAGAGCUGUAUUAAAUGGUGACUGCAUUGUCAAAUCAUACACACCUGUAAGUCCUCUUGAAGCUAAAGGAUACUUUGAAGUUAUAAUCAAGCUUUACGAAACUGGUUUGAUGUCUCGGUGUAUUAAAACAUGGCAAGUUGGCAGGACAGCUGAAUGGAAAGGACCAUUUGGAGACUUUCCUUAUGUUCCUAAUAAAUAUAAACACGUUGGAAUGUUGGCUGCUGGAACAGGCAUUACUCCUCUUUAUCAGGUUGCACGUGGUAUUGUUAACAACGAAGAAGACGAAACAUUCAUACGAUUGAUAUAUGCUUGUCGGACUGCAAAAGAAGUUUUACUGAAAGAAGAACUUGAUCAACUUGCAGAGUUUUGGAACUUUAGAGUUGUCUAUGCUCUGAGUCAGGAUCCUGGUGUUGAUCAGAUUAGUCGUUAUGGUGAUAUAGUGGUACAUGGAAGAAUAACAGCAGCAUUAGUUUCUACAGAAAUGCCACCAAGUGUUUCUGGUACAAUAACUCUUGUCUGUGGAACAUCUUCAUUUAACAAGGACAUGAUAAUCUUUCUACGCUCAAUGGGAUACAUCGACUCAAUGUAUUUCAAGUUCUGA